AUGCUAUGUCGUCGGUGCCGCCCGUGCGCGCGCGAUGCCUUUCACCGCGGGUCGCAGGUCAGGGCGCGCUUGGGUGCUCCGCCCUCGGCCGAGGAGCCCCGCUCCCGCCCCUCCCCCGCCCCUCGCCCCUCGGCCCCCUCUAACGGCCCGCAACCACUGCCCUAUUCAGCUGUCGCCGCGCGAACAGCACCGCCGCCGCCGGGAACACCGCUUAUGAAUUAUUCCAUUGCCCCGUUACGUUUUGAAACAAUUACAAAACAGUACCGAUUCAAAUCA